AUGAGUCAAAAAUUGAACAUCUCAGACUUGAAAGAUAUUUUCGAGAUGGACUUGACAAAAAAGGAGCCCACUCCACAGAAGGCGGUCGAGAACACAAAAAUGACUGGUCAAAACAAAGAGAUUCUUAUGAAAUUUGAACUGUAUGACACAGAACACACAAGAGAGUUGGAUGUGUACCAACUCAAGAAGUAUAUACAACGUGAGUGGGGAGUCUGUCUGAGCGAGGAAACAAUUAAAUACCAUUGUGGUCAAACCUUUCUUGAAAAGGCUUAUAAAGUCCAAUAUACCGAGUUCAUAGCGUUUCACAAAUACAUUGCGGCAAACAUUGAGGAGAUUCGCAAAGAGAACACUGAGUCUGUUUUCGACACAUUCGAAAAGCAGUUUGCGGACACCCCUGGUGUAGAUAUUCAGUUUAAGUAUUUGGAUAAAAACCUCUUUGUGAUCAACAAUUUCGAAAAGCCGCACGCUCUUGUUUCGAUGAAACAGAAACAACCCAACGCGACGGAUAAAUACCAUAGUUUGAUGUAUACACAAAUAUUUUCACCGACAAUUUCGGUGUUUAUAAAUCAAAAGAGCUACGUGAAUACUCUUGACCCGCACAAGGAUAAAAGUCUGCCAAUCACUAUGGCAUCUGCUGAGAUGUUUGAUGUUGACUCAUUGUUGCAAUCCGACACGCGAAAGACGAGUGCACGAAAAAAGAAGAAUAAAUUUUUGUUUCAGUUUUAUAACCCGAAACUGAGCCAAGAGGACUUCUUGUAUUCGACAAACCUGUCUUCUUCACAGCCAAGGAACGUCAACAAUUUGCUUAAAGUGAAACGACCGUCGAUUGUGAAUAUCACUCAUUUUAAACCGUACCAACAUUUUGAUACUUUCUUCUGCCGCAUGUCUCUUUAUGACAUGAGUUACAACAAGUUGACGUCUGAUUUUUACUUUGUAAUUGAUUCCAAAGUCUUGAAGGCGCACGUUGAACGAAGGGAGUCCCUUGGUAUCCCAAUAGUGUCGAUGACUCUUGGCCAGGACUUUAUCAAAGAGACUGAAAAUUAUGUUGUGUUGGAAGUGUUCAAACCGAUGGACGCAGAUAUCAACUUUACACGAGAUUAUUUAACAGAAGACUCGAAACGGGACCAAAAAAUGAUGAAGAAAUUUGCGGACAAGAUGCGCGAUUCUGAAAAAGUGUUUGAACAAAAAGGGUUGUUACAACUUGUACUGUUUAGUGCGACAGCGGUCAAGUUCAAAGGUGCUUACGACAAUUUGAAAUUGGUGAGGCCGAUUGGUGACCCGAAAGAUGUUCCGACGAUGAUCAAAGACGUAGAAAAGAUGAAGAGUGCUGGGGAGUGGAGUUUUGUGUUUAAACCGUCGAAAAAGGAGAUUACACACCACGACGGGUUGAUUAAGUUUUACAAUCCUGAGAAGACGGAAGGGGAACAAGUCACCACCAUGACCGAAUUGAAUUUGUACGACAAAGAGGAGAUCUUCAUGGACUACGAGAAUCUGUUUUUCUUGUAUCCGACUGAAAUCUGUUUGGGGAAAGAACGAAAGAAGUCUGGCAUCUGUUGUUCGAUCUUUGUGAGAGAGAACGACGACUUUUUUGUCCCGGGGAAGUCGAAUGUGCUGAACGCUGUUUAUCCACAAGACAACAAACUUAUCCAACAACUGUCAAACGCAUUUACGACAUCCGUUUCAAUUGAAAAAGUUGGUCAUUUUAUAGAUGAGGUGAAGAUACAACUCCCUUUUCCACUCACGGAGAAACAUCACAUUCUGAUCCAAGUUCGAGACGUCUCAGUGGAAGAUGGAAGUGAAGGAAAGUUGUUUUAUGCGAAAUUGCCUCUCCUUGAUAAUGGACAUAUUAUCAGUAACGGAGAACACACCGUGCAAAUCAUGAAAGACAUGACAAACAAAUACUUAAAUUACAUCGACAACUAUGAUGUGACCAAAAUAUUUGUCAAAGUCAAUGUGAGAAUUGUUUCGACGAUAUACCCGCAAAAUCCCGAGAUCUACCGAUUCCUUGUUGGAGGACUUGGUGUCGAAAGUGUGUUGGGAACGUUGUUCCGAACGGACUUGAUUCAUUUUCUGCCUAGUGUACUCACAAAAUGCGUUGAGAUCAUCGGCACUGAGAAGAAGGAAGACAUCUUUAAAGUGUUUGAGAUCUUCAAAAUGAUUGAUGAGAGAAGAGAAACGAAUAUUGACCAAGAAAUGAACUACCGCAUCUAUAAGAACAGUAUCUUUGUCGAUGCAAUCAGCCAUUUUGUCCCAUACCGACUUGCGGACGGGAGAUAUAUCUGCGACAUCUUACUCACACAACUCCCUGUGAUCUUUGAUUUGGAUAAAACAGACGUGAAAUAUCGGAUGAGGUAUUCGUGGAUUAUCUUCUCGUUGUUGAUUAAAGGAAUCAUUGGGUAUUAUAAUGACUAUAAAGUGUUUGAAUACCCCAACUUCCAUGACUUUAACACAACACAAAACAAAGACUUCAAGAAAAAUUGCUUUAAAACAAACGUCCAGAAGUAUUCGAAAUUCAUCAAAGAGUUCUGUGACGGGGAAGUUGUUGGAGCUUCGGUCAUUCGAGAGGCCAAUUUGUGUUUUGCCGAAUUUAUCAGAGACGCGUCACUGUUGUGGAGAAAAGACGAAAUUGUUGAAAUCAUCGACGAACAUUUGGACACCCUUUCAAUGCUUAAAGUCGACUCGUAUGGACUCCGAGUGGACUUUACUCAACUGUUGCGACUUGAGUUUGUUUCAGUAUUGAUUGAGAACGACCAGAUCUUUGCUUUGAAUGGCCCACAGUUACUUGAAGUACAAGAAAUCAACAAGUUGAAUGAUUUGUUGGCGCAGAGACACACUCAGAUGUUCAUCUUAUUGCGACAAUUCUUUUUAUUAAUUAUGAGCCAAGACAAAAGCAUCUCAAAAAUGGCGUUGGAGGAACUUUUGAUUGUGACGAACAAAUUUGAUUUAGACAACUCACUGUCGGAGCAAGGGAAAAGAGACAAGUAUUUCAGUAUGCUCCUUCCAUUUGUUCUGUUCAUGUUGGAUGACAGUGACAAAAUCAAUGAGUGGAAGGCGAAGGACUGCUUUGCUGAUUUGAAUGAUAUCAAGUCGCUGUAUGUUGUGUUCUUUUUCAUCAUUAAAAACUUGCGAGAGGAAACGAUUCAACAAUGGUUGGUGUCUGAUUUUCUUCCUUCGUUGUUAAAUUCCCUUUUAAUGCACAUCAGAAGAGCUUUGUUGUUGUUCUCGAGAUACCCAUACACUUUUCUGGCAAAUUCGACAAUGACGUUCAAGAAGGAACUGAAGAACAUUUUGGUUGAUUUCCACAAACGGGGAGAACCAACAACACCACCACUCUUUACGCGAUCAAACACAUCGACGACAAAGUCACACAUUUCGUUCCAGACGAGUACACUGUCGUCGUCGGCAAGACCAUUGAGCAAAGGGAAAAGUUCCUUUUUUGAGGAGAAUAAAAGUCGCAAGGACGACGACUCGAAAAUUGGGUUUGACAGUGACAAAAAGAUCACGGGGUUUGUGGAUAACGCGAAUCGAGCACAUCUCACAACGAUGCGAGUCAGACAAAACGUUUUGUCGAGUGGGGAGUCGACCUUUGAGAAGUCAGUCAAUGAAGAACUUGUGGUCGAGAUUGCGCUAAUUGCGAUGGACUUGGUUGAGACAACUAUUGGAACGUUGAUAAGAGAAGAGAGUACACAGGCACUUGACAGAGCUCAAGACAUCAUUUCAAGUGUGUUGUUUGAGGUGGGCAUGACGGAUAGUUACAUGCCGAGUUUGUAUGAUUUUAUACGAAUCAUUGUGACGACCUACCGGGUCUUUAUCUUCACAAAACCAAAUAAACUUUCGAUGAGUUUGUUGAAGAAUUUGUUGAAACAGGCGAAUUCGACGAACGCACUGAAUCAGAAAUUUGCGAAGAAUCUCAUCUUCAUCUUCACGAAGACGAACUUUGUGGCGGUUGGAAACACAGUCUCGACUGUUGUGAAUGCGACGAGCGCGUUGUCUGAAUUGCAAUUCAAUGAUUUGGGGAGGAUUGGGGAGUGUGUGAACAAUCUUCUUGAAUUGGCGAAACAGUAUUAUGAGAAUUUUGAUAUCAAGUUGGAGAAGUGCAUUGCGCUGUCGCUCCAAGAUGGGUUGAGAAAGAUGAAAUCGUUGCAACGGGUACAUAAAAUGUAUCAAGCGCUUGAUGUUGGGGAUUUGGAUGUCUUCAUCACAUUUGUGACCGACUGUACAACAGUGAUUGACGAAAUACUUGACUUCACGAUGAAGGCUGAGCCUUCGAUAGUGAAUGGGUACAUUGAAAUGAAAAUCCAAAUUGUGAAGAUGAUGCGACAAGACGAGGUGUUUAAAAUGAUAGCGCAGUGGAUUGUAUUGAUUAAGACGAAAGCGCAAAGUGCUUCUGAGACGUUCAUUCCGUUUUUGAAAGGCAAAAUCGAGUAUUUAGAAAUGUUGUACAAAUUGUGUCAACAAAAGGUGGACGAUUUGGAUCGCUAUUGCGUGUCUUCAGCAACGGAAAUGAAGGAAUUGGAAGCGGAGUGUUUGUUGAAUAAAACGAUAGGAGAGCAGUUGUUGAGUAUAGUGAAGAAUAGUAUUACCAUCGACUCGUGUGACUUAGAAAAUAUGACAAACGACCAACUCAUCCGCAAAAUUGAAGUUUUGGAAAAGGAACAACAGAAGCGUGCGAGUGAUAUCAACGCAGUGUUAGAACAAUACACUUCUUUUGAUGAGACUUUAAAGACAUUUCGACUUGCAUCGAAUCCACUGUUCCCAGUGACGAGUUUGGAUAUGUCCGAUGGCGUGAAAAGAGUGUUGCUGUUACAUCAGUCGCGAAUCAAAGCGGUGAACAGUCACUUACACACCCGCACGUCGUUUGAUUCGGAAACUGAGCGAUACAAAACCAAAAUUGUUGAUUUUGAGAACAUCAUCCAUUCGAAAUUUAUUGAUAUAGUGACCGAUAUCAUGAAACUCCCAAUGAACGUCUCUUUUAUGAAGGAAUCUGUGAGUAAAAUCGAAUCGUUGGUUCAGUUGUACUCCACGGACGUCUCCCAUUUAGAAUCGAAGAAAAUCAAAAUGGGAGGAUUGCGACCGACAUGGGAAAUAGCGUAUUACAGUUGGGAAGAGGCGGUUUUGAACGCGAUUUCGUGUAUGGAGUGGCUCUUACAACUCUUGAAAACUGUCAAAAGCAACGAAGAGAAUGUUCAACAGAUGCGUGGGUGGUUUAAGGUGGAAAGAGAAUUCAUUCAAAAUGUGUUGUCGUCGUAUUUGUGGGACGGGUUCUACACGUCGUGGGACAAAGUCACGAUGAGAGCGUCGAACGACUUUUUGGAAGUUCUUUCGCAGAUGUCGUUGUACUUUAUGACGAACAUGAACACUGCGAAGGCGGGGUAUAAACGAGCUGGAACACUUCUUCAGGAGCUGAGAAAGAGAAAGAAACUGCCGCUUGGGUUUCCUUAUAUUCAACACAUCAAAGAAGAACAUUUUGAGCAACUUUCGAUGGUUGCUGAGUUGUACCAGAAGAAGAGGGAAGAUGAAUUAACUCGAGAGAAUAUCAGAAAACAAUACGCUGCACUAUUUAAACAGUUUUAUGUUGAAACGGACAAAUUGAUGGAGAGAAGUGGAGGGAUUCCGAUGAGCGAAAUUGCGAAAAUCCAGAAUUUGAGAGACAAGUUGUUAGUAUUUGAAGAACAAAAAGUGAUCAAAUUGAAUAGGUACUGCGACUUGGAAAGUAUGGACCAAACGGUGUGGGUGCGAUGUCAAACGUUGGGAAUACAAGAAAAGGACGCGACGCCGAAGUCCCCACGAACUUCGUUUAUUAAGACGUACGAUGGAUCGCGAAGUCCAAGUCUAAUUGGAUCGAACCAAAGUCCACAACCUUCAACGACAACAAACACAUUUAUGCAACGAGCGAAAAGAGCGGGAGACGAUUUAAGAGACAUCACCGGGUUCUUUGUUGAUAACAAAGGGAUUAUCCGUGCGGACUGUUUCCAUGACUUGUCGUACGGACAGAGAGACGUGUUUAAUGAGGACCUCAAAUUAGUGAUAGACGAGAUAUCGAAGAUUUUGAGUAACUUAAUUGUGUUGAACAACUUUAAUACGACGGACCCCCAACUCAUAUUGGAAAAGUUCUAUCGCUUUGCAAUGGAUUAUGUUUCUGCGCCACAACUUCAUAUGACGUGGAUCACUAAUUUGGCGAAACAACAUCGCGAGCGGUUUGAAUUUAUCGAGGCAGGGAUGUGUGAAGUGCAUUUGAUCAAUUUCAUCCACCACUUGUUGCCGGAGAAUGAACGGAAAAUAGAAGUGUCGAUUUUGAACAAAACGUUUGGGAAUUUCAUCCCAGACACGUCAACGCCACCAAAUCCACAAUUUUCGGCAAAUUUGAGCGAAGAGUCCCUUUUGAAACAUAUCACCGCGGCGUAUGAAGAUUUUGAGAAUGGACAAUUGCCGUGGUACGGACUUACUGUGUCGUCUAUAGUCAUUCCGUACUACACCGAGAAGAAGAAACUGAAAGAACUGGUGAAGACCCACGAGUACGUCAACAAGAUGUACGACUUGAUGGUGAAACAUAAUGAAGACGGCCAGAUUAAGGACUUUCUGCAAUUCUAUUAUGUCAAAUUCUUUGGGAGUGUGUUUGGGGAGAUGAACAAGAAAAGUUUCAUUUACGCGACGAAGAAGGACAAAGUGUCCCAAUUGAUCAUUGAAAUCAACAAGAUUCUGCCAGUGUCAUUUAGUGGAGAGAAGCACUAUUUGAGGUUCUUUGAACAAGUGAACAGUGAGGUUGAGAAUUGUGGGGAUAAGGAGUGUUAUAUUUUGUGGACGAAUGUCCAGCCGGUGUAUGAAAAGGGAGAAUAUGUGCAAUUUACUUCGAGGUUUAUAUACGACGAUAUGUGUCUUGACAGAAAAGAAGGAGAUGAGCUGCUUGAAAUAGAAAAGGCGCCAGCUGUGUCGUUGUAUAAGAAGCGGACGGUGAUGGAUAUCGAACUUGUGUUACCUGGCUUGUUAGGAAGACAAACGGUGAUCAAAGAAAGUGUUGUACAACUUGGGCCAAUUGAAAUAGCAAUUGAAGAAAUUGAGACGAGAAAAAGAGGUGUUGAAAAGUUCUUGGAGGAGAGUAAAAAGUUCUUUGGCGAGGUGGCGUUUGAUUAUAUCACUUUUCUGCAGAAGAAAAUUGGAGACUUCUUCUUUGGAUAUAAAGACCAGAACGAUAUUGCUUAUGGGAAGUUGAAUGCAUACGACAGAAUGAAGGUGUUGGAAAUCAUCGAAGUCUUUUUCAGCGAGGAGUACGAUUUAAAGAAUCAAGAAAUACUCUUCGAGAUGCUCAAAGAAACAAUUAACUUGACUAAAGAAGGCCUGGCUAUUAUUAAAGAAAACUCAAAGGCUAGAACUAGCAGCGCGAGUUUGGAGAACUUAAUUAGACACUCUUUGAGAAUAGAGAGGGUUCUUGAUAUGCUCGAUACAAAGAUGAAUGAGAAAAAAGAACAUUAA